AGAGGAGAGGAGAGGAGAGGAGAGGAGAGGAGAGGAGAAGAGUGGAGAGAAAAGAGUGGGGGAGAAAGAGCCUUGAGGAAAAGAUGAGAUGAAAGACGGAACUGUACAGGAAGAGAUCAGGAGGGGAAAGUAGAUAAGACAGGUGUUCAGAGGGGAGGAAAGGAUGGGGGCGAGGAGGAAGGGAAAGGAGGAUCAUUCUGAGGAAAGGAGAAUGUAUGACUCAGUAGGAUGCAUAAGUACAGCGUGGAGUUUAGGAAAGAGGAAGGCAAAGCAAAGGGACAAUGGGGAAAUAUAUUUAAAAGAGUGAGAAAGAAAAAACAGCAAAAGACAGAUGAGAGGAUAGAGGAGAUGACUGGGAGUGGUGGACAAGGCACAGGGUGAAGACAAAGGGCAGAGAAGCCUGUGAAGAAUCGCUCUCAACGCCCACUUCUCACAGUUUUCUGGUCCUCGGAGUGACCGUCACCCCCGUACGGCUUGACUGUCUCUGCUACAGACACUUAAAUGUGUGUGUGUGUGUAUGGGGGGGGCAGUUUUAGAUAUGAUAAGAGUGGCCUCCCAUUCCAGUAACUCUGGCUACAUUUCACUGGCCACUCACCAUCUAAGACGUCUGGACCACAGUCCUGAGGGACCGCUGUGAGAAUGCACUGCUUGUUCUAUAAACACCAAACCCAAGACAGCUACACAAAGGGAGAGGACCAAAAAAGGGGGGAAAGACAGACAGGAGUGAAGAAAGAAAGACAAAUAAAGAAAAUGAAAAAAUAUAGACAAAGAGCUAUGAGUGAGGGUGUAAAACAGUGGCUUAAACGGAAGAGUUUAAUGCAUAUCUGCUAUCAUUUUUACAAACAGUUGGUUAUAUGGACAAGAGUUCCUCACAGCUGUAAUGGUAAAAUCAAGCCAUAAACCAUUAACUGAAAAAAAGUAUUAUCUGUAAACAGUAAUUAAAUGAAAACAUUUGUAAACAUUUACCUUCAUUCUUCCUGUGUACACAAUCAUAUUUGCUUUCAGGAGAGUCUUCAUUUGUGCUGCAUUAUGGCCUAGUUCCAUUGACCACGGAAUCCAAAUAGAUCAUGAAGAUACUUUGAAGUGCAUCUAACUGGUUGGACAUGUUAUAAAAAGAAAAUAUUUAGAAUAUAACGAGUAUCAUAGCAAGUUUGUGUUUGAUACAGCAUACUGUGAGAUUUGGUUUGGCAGAAAGUUGUUUCAGUUAUGCUAACUAAUAGUUAUACUAACUGAUGGGUUAAUGAUUAGGACAACGGAACAAGCUAUUGUGUGAGGAACUACACUCAAGAAUAGUCAGCUGAGGGUCAUUAUUAAAGUGACACCUCACUGUUUUGGAACUCACACCGCAGAAUGACACAAGUUGUAUCCAAACAAACCAGUCAUUUUGCAGGCUAUAUAAGGAGAUACGGAGACUAUACACAACUCUCAACGACGUUUUUCUCUAUGACAAGAGUGUGACAUAGCGUCUUUUAAUUUAUGAUUAACAGCUAAACCCUGACCACAGUAGUGUUUGCCUGAACAGUGUGAUGAUGGCCAACCCUGGAACAUAAACGACAGGAGCGCUCAGGAACGCACGCCCUACCGAACGCGAAAAUCCCGCCCCGAGUCAAGGUUGGGCUUCACGAAGUUGUGCGGGACUCUUGAUGGACGUGGGGAGCAAGUUAAUCACAAAAUGAGCUACGCGAAGUAAGGAUUUUAUUCUCUGACACUGACAUAAUGUAGGCUAUGUACACAGAUAGAGGUUGCGUUUAAUGUUUUCAAGGGAGUUGUUUAUUUUGAGUUAAAAUGUACGUUUAAAUUAACUGAGGACCUAAAAGAGAGAGGGGGAAAGCAUACCCAUUUUGAAAUAUGAAGAGAAGUUUUGAGAAGCCUGGGAAGGAACAUGCGUCUUCGGGAUGUAACGAAUCGGCACAAAGAACUUCUGAAGAUCUGGUGUGGUCCAAGAGCUGUGGGAUGAUGUCCUUGUAGCAGAAGGUUCCACGGCUCAGCUGUCUUUGUUAAUCUUCCUGUCAUCGCCCCCUAGUGUGUGAUCUGGAGCAGUGUCCUACAAUGGAUGAUCGCUUCGAGCUGGGCAUGAACUCUGAGAUCGUGGCCCACUACAACUACUCAGGCAAGUGGAACAGGCCGCGUAGCGUGGGGGUCUGCAAAAUGGCCGUCCUGAUCCUGAUCUGCAUGCUGAUCGUCCUGGAGAACGUGACUGUGCUGCUGGCACUCUGGCGCAACAAGCGCUUCCACAGCCGUAUGUACUUCCUGAUCGGUAACCUGGCGCUGUCCGACCUCCUGGCAGGCGUGGCGUACGCUGUCAACAUCUUCACCUCGGGCCGCAACACCUUUUUUCUUAAGCCCUGGCAAUGGCUGGCGCGGGAGGGCAGCAUGUUUGUGGCCCUAAGCGCCUCCACCUUCAGUCUGCUGGCCAUCGGCAUCGAGCGCCACAUGACCAUGGUACGCCUGCGGCCAUGCGAGGCGGCGGGCCGGGGUCGUCUGCUGGGCCUGCUGGGCGCUUGUUGGCUGGUGUCGGUGUUGCUGAGUGCCUUGCCCAGCCUGGGCUGGAACUGCCGCGGGCAGCUGCAUGCCUGCUCCACCGUGCUGCCGCUCUACGCCAAGAGCUACGUGGCCUUCUGUAUCAGCGUGUUCAGCGCUCUGCUGCUGGCCAUCAUCAUCCUCUACAUCCGCAUCUACCGGCUGGUGACGUCCAGCGGGCGGCGGGUGAGCGGGCGUCCGUCGGAGCGGGCGCUGUCGCUGCUGCGGACGGUGGUGAUCGUGCUGGGCGUGUUCGUGGUGUGCUGGACGCCACUCUUCUCGCUGCUGCUGGUGGAUGUGGGCUGCUCGCCGCAGCUCUGCCCCCUGCUCUACCAGGUGGACUGGUUCAUCGCGCUGGCCGUGCUCAACUCGGCACUCAACCCGCUCAUCUACACGCUGUCCAGCCGUGAGAUGCGCGUCGCCUUCUUCCGCCUGCUCUGCUGCUGUGGGUGCCACCCCUCGCUUGAGCCUCCACCACCCACCAUACCGGGCAUCAACAUCCCCGGCACGCCCAUCCCCACCAUGGAGAACAGCAAGUCCAGCAUCGGGCCGGCCAGAUCGACGCUUCUAAGAGGCAAGAUCCCCACACCUCAGAACUCACACCAUCAGCCUGCUGACUCACCACCCACUGGUACCCCCACUCACACUGGCAAAGCCGACCUUCUCACAGUGGUCCUUGUCAAAGCUGGCGCCUUGCCCUCUCUGGGAAAAUUAUGACUGCAACGGCCCAAGGUCUAGAGACUUUCGCAGUGACUUAACUUGUAAUGGAACCUGUGAUCCCACAGUGUUGGGUGGGACAGAAGAUGAGGAAAGCAUUCAGUGGGAGAAGCUGUGCCCUGGAUGCUGUCUAGAUCCUGUGGAUAUGUUGAUAUGAUUCAUAGAUGUUCGGAUGAUACUGCAGUUCAGACCCCCAAGGAAGGUCAGUCACAGUGCUAUCCUUCUGAGGGCCACAUGAGGGCUGGGGUCAGGAGUUCCCUGCAUGGUUUGGACAGGUACAGAUAUGGAUUCACCUCUAAUCAUCAGUAUGUAGCCACUAUGUUUAUGUUCACCAAUAACUAUUGGUAAUCUGAUCUGAAGAGGACCAUAAUCACAGCACUAGACUAUACAGUACAAGCACUGAACUGUUUUCAGAAGGAUUAGGCCUAGUUCUGGAGUUCAUGCCACUCCCAGAAUGCAUCUGCAUUCCAUCUGCAUACAAUACGUGCAAAAGAAUCAAAGACCAAGCAUGAUGCAUUAAAAGAACAGCUGAUGUUGGGUCUCGCGGCACUCAAAGAGUAAUUACUCCACACUUGGAGGAGUAAGCUGCAUUUAAGUUUCAUUUGGAGUUAAAAUCUCACAAAGUUUAAACAGUUAAGCCUUUGCCAAAUGUUUGUACAUCUUUAUGUUAUGAAUAUACGACAUAACCUUCAACUGAGUUGGUGUAAAUUCAGUGUGUUUUGGUCUUCAGGGUAAACUACAGAUGAACUGUAUGCACCUUGUAACGCACUAUACACAGUGAUUAGAGGAACUUUCAAAUGUGUGUAUUUGCCUUAUCUAUACCACAACAUAUUGAUUUUACCUAAGGAUAAAAAACUGACAGUAUUAUUCAAUGUAUUUUAAUCCACUAUAAUGGUACAGCAAAUUACCUUUAUUAACUUUUGUUUCUCAGACAAAUGUGAGACAGGUAAGAAGACAAGUUAGAAAUAUUCAUAUUAUCAUAACACCCUGUCUCACUAUGGGUUUGCUCUCACACUUUGCACUCUCAGUCCUGGAUUUUCACACUCUCUAAGUGAGAAACGAAAAAAUGGUCAUCAAAACGUGUUGAUGUUGAACUGCAUGACAUAUGAAUUGUGAAGUGUAAUUGUUGUAGUUUCAGUUAGACAAGGGCCAGCGCCUGAACACAGAUUGCAAUAAUGGUCAUGAUAAGCCAAAUAAAACUCGUAUCUCCUGUCCAAUGGCU